UUUUUUUCUGCCGUCGCAUCUGACAUUCUUCUAUUUUGUUCUGUUGUGUUCUGUCAAACAACUUCCGAGUUUUCUUCUGUUUUCUUCAAACCGAACCCUUAGUUUUGGAUGUGCUCUAAUUUUGAACCAUUGCAUAACCCAGUUUCAAGAAAGAUGAAAAGGUACAAAACUACAGAUUUUAAAAUCUCUCAGUGUUGGACUCUUCAUUUCAACGGAUCCUGCUGUAAGUUUCUUCCUCACUGUGGUUCAUUUUUUGAUUGGUUAGGACUUAAUUAAAUUGCAUGAAUUAAUUUAAUAGGAUCACAACUUUUCCCUUUGCUGUGUAAAUAGAUUGUGUUUGAUGUUUGUAUAUUGAAUUAGUAGAUUACUGCUAGAGUAGGAAGGGAUUUGAGCUGAUUUAACACUUCUAAGAAUCUUAACAAGUCCUUAUCUUCAAAAUCUUCGUUGAAAAUUGCUAUGGGCUUGUUCUGUAAUCUUUUUGUAAAUCUCUAUAGGAAAAAAUAGAAAAUGAGAGAAGAUUCUAGUGAUUUUGUUUGGACAAGCGCCGCAAGACUCAAGCCCUGAUGACAUGGAAUGUUACCUGCACAUACUCACAAUUUCUAGCAAGAAAGAACCCUGCUUGUUGUGUAUCUUUGUCAUCCUUCUACAAUAAAACUAUUACCCCUUGUCCCUCUUGUACAUGUGACUGCCAGAACAAAAGGAAUUGCGUCAAAAGUGACUCUAAAAUUCUGAGCAUGGUUGGUGUUCACACUCCAAAGAAAGACAAUGAACCAUUGAUGCAGUGCACUCAUCAUAUGUGUCCAAUAAGGGUGCAUUGGCAUGUGAAGCAAAACUAUAAGGACUAUUGGCGAGUCAAGAUUGCCAUAACAAAUUUCAAUUACAGGAUGAACUAUUCCCUAUGGACUUUUGCAAUUCAGCAUCCAAAUCUCAACAAUGUCACACAAGUUUUUAGCUUUGAUUACAAGCCUAUACUUCCCUAUGCUUCCAUAAAUGACACUGGCAUGUUCUUUGGCAUGAAGAGAGCCAUCAUCAAUCAUGGCUUUGAGUUUGAAGGAAACUUUCUAUAUAUCUCAUGGAUCACCCAUGUUGGCCAUUAAUGAGUCAAUUGAGAUAAGAAAGGUGCUCAAAUCAUGGAAGAACAUCUACACUCAGACCCCCUCUGCCAUUCUCAUCAUCUCUGCUCAUUAGGACACUCGUGUUCCAUCUGUCAACAUUGUUGAGAGGAAUGA